UGUUUUCUUUUAUCUUGGAAUAUAUUGACUUUGUUUGAAUAUUUAUUUUAUUUGACCUUGUAAAUAAAUAAAUAUCCGGCCAACAAGAAAAAUAUCCAGAUUAUCUAAAAGAAAAUUCUCUAGCUCAGGAAGGAAGCUUCAAUGGCGGUGGCCAGUAGUGGAGCUUUUGUUGCAGUAUCGGCCUCUUCCUUGAAAAUUGAUGUACAAUCCAAGGUACGUAGAUGUAUUUCUUGUCAUUCUAUUGAAAAUAAUAAUGGAGAACUGAACUCCAACCAAAACACAAACUCGAACCAUACUACAAAGUUUCGAUAUAGUAGGGCAUCUCCUUCUGUGAGAUGGCCAAAUUUAAAGCUAGGAGAGAUAUAUGAUUCAGCACAAACUCAUUUAAAUGUCACCUCUAAUGCACCAGCGAAGAAGGUGAAUGAUACGGAAGUUGUUGAGGAAUUUGGGGUUGAGGAUGAUAAUGUGGAUGGUGUAGGGAAUGUUAAUGUGAGUGAUGAGAAUUUGGAGGUUUUGGGUAGGUUUAGUAAGACUAAGGCUAAGAAGAUGACUAAAUUGGCAUUGAAAAGGGCAAAAGAUUGGAGAAAGCGGGUUCAAUUUUUGACAGAUAAGAUAUUAGGGUUGGGGCCUGGUGAGUUUGUAGCUGAUGUGUUGGAUGCGAAGUUGGUGCAGAUGACUCCUACUGAUUAUUGCUUUGUGGUUAAAUGGGUGGGACAGUCGAGUUGGCAGCGAGCAUUGGAGGUUUAUGAAUGGUUGAAUCUUAGGCACUGGUACUCGCCUAAUUCUCGUAUGCUAGCCACCAUAUUGGCGGUGCUUGGAAAGGCAAACCAGGAAGCGCUGGCGGUGGAGCUUUUUGUUAGAGCGGAGCCUUCUGCUGGUAAUACAGUGCAGGUCUACAAUGCGAUGAUGGGGGUUUACGCUAGGAACGGUAGAUUCUCAAAGGUACAAGAAAUGCUGAAUUUGAUGCAAGAGCGUGGUUGCGAGCCAGAUCUUGUAAGCUUCAAUACCCUGAUAAAUGCACGUUUAAAAUCAGGACCCUUGGGGGAAAAUAUGGCCAUGGACCUUUUAAAUGAGGUCAGACGAUCUGGUAUUCGACCAGAUACUAUAACGUAUAACACUCUUAUUAGUGCUUGCUCUCGUGAGUCCAAUCUGCAGGAAGCAAUAAAGGUAUUUAGUGAUAUGGAGGCUAAUAAUUGUCAACCUGAUUUAUGGACAUAUAAUGCCAUGAUAUCAGUUUUUGCUAGAUGUGGGCUUGCAAGUAGGGCUGAGAAAAUUCUUAGAGAACUGGAGACUAAAGGGUUUUUUCCAGAUGCUGUUACAUAUAAUUCGCUCUUGUAUGCUUUUGCUAGAGAAGGUAAUACUGAGAAGGCAGGAGAGAUUUGUGAAGAGAUGUUAAAAAGAGGAUUUGCGAAGGAUGAAAUGGCAUACAACACUAUCCUUCACAUGUAUAGUAAGCAGGAGCAACACAAUGUGGUGCUGGAUCUCUAUAGGAAUAUGAAAUUGUCUGGACUAGUUCCUGAUGCAAUAACAUAUACUGUUCUGAUUGACUGUCUAGGAAAAGCCAACAGAAUGACCGAGGCUGCAAAUUUGAUGUCAGAGAUGUUGGAUAGUGGGGUUAAACCUACGCUGCGGACAUUUAGUGCAUUAAUUUGUGGGUAUGGUAAAGCUGGGCUACGAGUAGAGGCUGAAGAAACCUUUAAUUGUAUGCUGAGGUCUGGAAUCAAGCCUGACAAGUUGGCGUAUUCAGUUAUGAUGGAUAUCUUGUUGAGGUCUGGUGAUACAAGAAAAACAAUGGCGUUGUACAUGGAUAUGGUUCGUGGUAAUUUUACACCCGACUACAACCUUUAUCUUUCUCUGAUUCAUCUUCUCAAGAAGCAAAACGAAGAUGAUGGUCUUCAAAGAGUCAUCUCUGAUUUGCAGCAGUUAUGUGGCAUGACUCCGCUAAAUAUAUCUUCCAUUCUUGUUCAAGGUGAAUGUUUUGACGAGGCUGGUGAGUUUUUGAGGUUGGCUGUUGCUCAUGGCUAUGAUUUGGACCACAAAAUUCUAAUGAAAAUCCUCGGUUCAUUUAGUUCAUCUGGUCGACACGUGGAAGCAGAAGAUUUGCUUAAUUAUUUGAGGGAUAAUGCGUCUUCAUCUCGGGACCUUGUUGAAGAGGCCUUAGUAAUCGUAUUUUGCGGUGCUAACAAACUUGAUGCAGCCAUGAAGCAAUACGAUAGCAUCAAGGAGGCUGGCUUAUUUUGUGGAAGCUGCAUGAUGUAUGAGUCUUUGAUAAUUUGUUGCAAAGAAUCUGAACGCUUUGCUGAUGCAUCUCAAAUAUUUUCUGAUAUGAGAUUUUUGGGGAUUGAGCCAUCACAUAACAUAUACCAAAGUAUGGUGCUCAUAUAUUGUCAAAUGUCCUUCCCGGAGACAGCACAAUGGGUGCUUCAUGAAGCAGAAGCUAAAGGUAUGAUUUUUAAAGAUGGUGGCGUAUUUGUUAGUCUUAUUUAUGCAUAUGGGAACAUAAAGGAACUGCUGAAGGCGGAAUGUGCUGUUUCUCUCCUAAGACAAAGGUCUAAGAUUGUGGAAAGGAAGGUCUGGAAUGCACUGCUAGAAGGUUAUGCUGCAUGUGGCUGUUAUGAACAAGCUAGGGCAGGUUUCAAUACAAUGAUGAGAGAUGGACCUUCUCCAACCAUAGAUACAAUUAAUUUGUUGAUGCAAGCUUUGAUUGUGGAUGGAAGACUAAAUGAACUAUAUGUGUUGAUUCAAGAGCUUCAAGAUAUGGGUUUUAAAAUUAGUAAAAGUACCAUCCUUUUGAUGCUUGAAGCAUUUGCUAAAGCUAAAAAUAUAUUUGAAGUAAAGAAAAUAUAUAAUGGGAUGAAGGCUGCAGGUUAUCUCCCAACGAUGCAUGUCUACAGGAUUAUAAUUGGGUUGCUAUCCCGGGGAAAACGAGUUAGAGAUGUUGAAGCCAUGGUUGUUGAGAUGGAAGAAGCUGGAUUCAAGCCUGAUCUUUCAAUUUGGAAUUCAUUGCUAAAAAUGUACACUGGCAUUGAAGAUUAUAAAAAGACUGCUGAAGUUUACAAGAAAAUUCUAGAAGCUGGACUUGCUGCUGACGAGGAGACUUACUGUACUUUGAUACUGAUGUAUUGCCGAGACCGAAGACCUGAAGAAGGCUUAUCUCUAAUGCAUGAAAUGAGGAGAAAGGGUUUUGGCCCUAACUUGGACACUUGCAAAAGCUUGAUUGCAGCCUGCAGUAAGCAGCGUCUUAUAAAUGAAGCUGAGGAGGUCUUCAAUGACUUGCAAGCAAAAGGGUUCAAGUUGGACCGUUCUUUUUAUCAUUUAAUGAUCAAAAUGUACAGAGAUUCUGGAAAAUAUGAUAAAGCUGAAAAGCUACUUAAUCAGAUGAAGGAUGCCGGAGUUGAGCCCACUCUUGCAACAAUGCAUUUGAUGAUGAUGUCUUAUGGAAGCUCUGGACAACCUAAAGAAGCUGAGAAGGUCCUUGAUAAUAUUAAAUUUUCAGGUCUUAAUCUUAGUACACUUCCCUAUAGUUCAGUGAUCGAUGCCUUCCUAAAACAUGGAGAUUAUGACAUUGGAAUUCAAAAGCUUAUGGAAAUGAAGGAUGAUGGUGUGGAACCUGAUCAUAGAAUAUGGACUUGUUUUGUUUAUGCUGCAAGCUUAUGUCAGAGUUCAAAAGAAGCUAUGAUUCUGUUGAAGGCAUUGCAAGAUGUUGAUUUUGAUCUUCCAGUAAGGCUGCUUACUGAAAAUUGGGAAUCAUUGGUCACCAUCUUGGAUAAUUGGCUUGAGAGAUUACAGCCACUUGACGACAAUGCUGCAUUCAAUUUUGUGAAUGCUUUAGAGAACCUGUUGUGGGCAUUUGAACGCAGGGCUACAGCUUCAUUGCUUUUCCAACUGGCAGUAAAGAGGAAUAUUUACCAAGAUGGUGUGUUCAGAGUGGCUGAAAAAGACUGGGGAGCUGAUUUCCGAAAGUUGUCUGCAGGUGCUGCUCUUGUGGGUCUUACAUUAUGGCUUGACCAAAUGCAGGAUGCAUCAUUGGAGGGAUCACCAGAGUCCUCAAAAUCAGUUGUUCUAAUUACAGGGACAGCAGAAUACAACUUGGUCUCAUUAAACAGCACACUGAAGGCAUACCUUUGGGAGAUGGGAUCACCAUUUUUGCCUUGUAGGACAAGAAGCGGAGUUUUAGUUGCAAAGGCUCAUUCUCUAAGAAUGUGGUUGAAAGACUCCCCAUUUUGCUUCGAUCUUGAAUUGAAAAAUGCCCCUUCACUUCCAGAAUCAAACUCUAUGCAACUUAUUGAAGGGUGUUUCAUGCGACGUGGCCUUGUACCUGCUUUCAAGGACAUAACUGAAAAACUAGGAGAAGUACGACCAAAAAAAUUUGCCCGAUUAGCAUUGUUGUCGGAUGAGAAAAGGGAAAAGAGUAUCCUGGCAGAUAUAGAAGGAAGGAAAGAUAAACUAGAGAAGAUAAAAAGAAAAGUUGGUGUAAAUUUGAAGAGGGGGAUAAAGCACCAGAAAAGACAGUUUGUCAGUAAAAUAAUAUCAUUAGACAGACACCAGAGAGUUGCUUCCUCCGUCAAAUCUGCUUCCAAAUAAGUGUGAUACCGUAAUUACAUCUGUCUCUGAUGAGUCAUGAGAUAUUUUCCUCCCUCUUCAACAUCAUGCAUAUCUAAGAAGAAAGGAAAAGGCAUGGCUUUAGGUAAUGUUUUUAUCGCAAUCCUUCUUGUUCACAAAAGAUGAGCGUAGUGCUUGGAUGCCCGUAGGAAUUAUUUCCACGCAAGAUUGAUAUCAAAUCCAAGGACCAUUUUCAUGCUUAGGCAGCUGUAACUUAUCAGGUUGGUGAAGGAUGGAUGGAAAAUUGGUAAUGCUUUAUUCAAGGAAGAAAUCUAGAGGAGGCUAUGCAAUAGUAUGAAAUGGAUUCAGGCUAUACCAUAUAUGGAAGAUGUUUUCAUUUUUGGCUUUUUGGGAGUAUUGUGAUAUGGCUUUGAUGUCAAGAAUCUUUGCCUUCCCAAAAUGGCUGAAAAACUGAAGUGAUACAACAAGGCUAUGUAUAGAAUUGUUUGUGAGUAUCUCUAUUUUAUCUCAACAAGAUGGAUUUAACUUGCUCGGUGAUCUGGUAGUGGAGGCCUAAAAUGAUAUUGUUAAAGCAUUAAAAAAGUUUCUGGUACGGAAAAGCUAUUACAAAAUUUUAAGCCUGUUUGGUUAACGGUACUAAUCGGUGGUAACGAGAAUAAUUUGUAUUGUAAAUUUUCAUGAUAUAUAUCAUGUCAUUCCCAUGGUAAUAAAAGUUUGAUCAUAUUAACGUA